GCGGGGAGCGCGAGUCCCGCGGCGGCGGCGGCGCGGCGCGGCUCAGGCGUCGGAGCAGGCGGCCGCGGGCGCCGCCGCCUCCUCCUCCAUGGCUGUUUACCCGGCUGCAUUGUGGGAGUUUGACCUCCGCCGCCGCCAACCGCCGCCUCAGCUUGCGCCGCCGCCGCCGCCGCGCACGCCAUGGGAGCCGUGACUGACGACGAAGUUAUACGGAAGCGUCUCCUCAUUGAUGGAGAUGGUGCUGGAGAUGAUCGGAGAAUUAAUCUGCUAGUGAAGAGUUUCAUUAAAUGGUGCAACUCUGGGUCCCAGGAAGAGGGAUAUAGCCAGUACCAACGUAUGCUGAGCACGCUGUCUCAAUGUGAAUUUUCAAUGGGCAAAACUUUGCUAGUAUAUGAUAUGAAUCUCAGAGAAAUGGAAAAUUAUGAAAAAAUUUACAAGGAAAUAGAAUGUAGCAUAGCUGGAGCACAUGAAAAAAUUGCUGAAUGCAAAAAGCAAAUUCUUCAAGCAAAACGAAUACGAAAAAAUCGCCAAGAAUAUGAUGCUUUGGCAAAAGUGAUUCAGCACCAUCCAGACAGGCAUGAGACAUUAAAGGAACUAGAAGCUCUGGGAAAAGAAUUAGAGCAUCUUUCACACAUUAAAGAAAGUGUUGAAGAUAAGCUGGAAUUGAGACGGAAACAGUUUCACGUUCUUCUUAGUACCAUCCAUGAACUUCAGCAAACAUUGGAAAAUGAUGAAAAACUCUCAGAGGUAGAAGAAGCUCAGGAAGCAAGCAUGGAAACAGAUCCUAAACCAUAGACAGGCUAAUUGCCCACCACUCCUAGGAAUAUUGAAAUAGCUACAUGACCAUAAUGUGUUUAAAAUGUGGUAUGCUCUUGAGAUAUUUAAAGUUUUGGCAGUACAAUACUCUGUUUUUAAGUAUGAAUGUAUUUCAUUCAUAUUUCCUCACACAAAGGAAAAUGACUUCAGUAUAGAUUUGUUUUUAUUAAAAUGCAUUUUUUAUUCUUAAGUGGUAGGAAGCAACAUCCAAAAAUGCUUAAUAACAUGCUUUUAACCUGCAUAUGUUUGUGCUCAUUAAUAUUCUAGGUAGUUUUUAACUGGUAACAUUGAUUGGCUUACAAAAUAAGUUGAAAAUUGUUAGAAGCUGGCAUUUCUAGGAUGUACAUGGGAAAAUGGGCCAAUUUCUGGAAAUGGUUACACUUCUGAAAACAGAGUGUAGGAAGAGGCUUUAGGAGGACCAUGAACCUGUGAAAUUACAUGCAAAAUGUUAGUGGUGUAUGCUUAUUGUGGAGAGAGGUUCCAGGCUGUUAAAAGUCGCUGGUAUGAGAGGUAAUUAUAAGAUACAAAGUAAAAUAAUGCACAUUACUUUCUAUUAUCUCUCCUUAGUAUGUGAGGAAUAUGGUUCUCAAAUGUUUUGUUGAUCUGUUUUCUCUACUGUUUUGUUCUUUAGGAAUCAUUUUCAAUAGAAAAAAUGUAUUGAUAAAGUGAAGAGUUGUUUGAAGUAAAUAGUUUGUUAAGAUUGUCUUGCAUAGGCCAGGCACGGUGGCUCACACCUGUAAUCCCAGCGCUUUGGAAGGCCGAGGCGGGCAGAUCACCUGAGGUCAGGAGUUCGAGACCAGCCUGACCAACCCCGUCUCUACUAAAAAAAAAUAUAAAAUUAGCCUGGUGUGGUGGCACAUGCCUAUAAUCCCAGCUACUCAGGAGGCUGAGGCAGGAGAAUCACUUGAACCCAGGAGGCGAAGGUUGUGGUGAGCCAAGGUUGUGCCAUUGCACUCCAGCCUGGGCAACAAGAGUGAAAUUCUGUCUAAAAAAAAUAAAAAAGAUUGUCUUGCAUAAAGAAUUUAUAAUCUUUUUAAAAAUUAAGCUAAGGCUGAAUCACUUGUAAUUUUCUUAAGUAUUUCAUUAUAUGUGUGAUACUUGUUCAGCUCCAUCCUUAUCCAUUUAUUUUAGUUCAGAAACAUGACACUUUGCAUGAAUCAUGCCUUAAUGAUGUUACAUUUUUGUAAUUUUAAUAAUAAUUUUUAUCUUUAAAAAUGAAAGUUUAAAAUUAGCUCAGUUGUAGUCAUAUUAAAAGUGUCAUAAUACCUAUAAAUGCUUCCUCUAAUUUCAUCUGGCAAGUCAUGGGAGAAAUUUCUUUGCAGAAUUGCUAUGCUGUGACAAAUGUUUUUAUUUUCCAUUAUUAGUAAGAAUUAUGAGACAAAAAUUUGCCUAUACUGACUCAGAAUUAAAAAUCCAUUUUUCUUUUUUUUUCUUUUCUGUGACAGGGUCUUGCCCUGUCAUCCAGGCUGGAGUGCAGUGGCUUGAUCACAGCUCACUGUAGCCUUGACCUCCCAGGCUUAAGCAAUUCUUCUAUGUCAGCCUCCCGAGUAGCUGGGACUACAGGCAACACAUCGCCAUACCCAGCUAAUUUUUAAAAAUUUUUCGUAGUGACAGAUUCUCACUAUAUUGCACAAGCUGGUCUCAAACUCCUGGGUUCACAUGACCCACCCACCUUAGCCUCCCAAAGUGCUGGGAGCAUAGACGUGAGCCACUGUGCCCCAAAUACCAGUUUUUCAAAAAAGUUAUUUAUUUUUUAAAGGACUAUUGGGUAGAAUUUUUUUUUAAAAUGCUGCCUUCGUAUCCCCACCCCCAUUGAUUAAUUCACUAGAGAGAUUUAUUCAGGAUUAAGUACCAAAAGAUAAGAAUCUCUUGGAAGACAACUUUUAUUUAUUUAUUUAUUUUCGAGAUGGAGUCUUGUGCUGUCGCCUAGGCUGGAGUGCAGUGGUGUGAUCUCAGCUCACUCCAGCCUCUGCCUCCCAGGUUCAAGCAAUUCUCCUGCCUCAGCCUCUCGAGUAGCUGGGAUUACAGGCGCCUGCCACCACGCCUGGCUAAUUUUUGUAUUUUUAGUAGAGAUAGGGUUUCACCAUGUUGGCCAGGCUGGUUUUGAACUCCAGACAUCAAGGGAUCCACCCGCCUUGGCCUCCUAAAGUGCUGAGAUUACAGGCAUGAGCCACCAUGCCCAGCCUAGGGAAGAUAACUUUUAAAGAAUCGGGAACAAAGUCAGAAGCAGCAGCAGGUACAUGGGAAACACACAUUUUUUAAUUUAUACUUCAUCAUGGUUCUCUUGGAUAUCCUCUGGAACUGUUUAGAAGACUGAAGAAUUUCAUCCCCCAGAAACUCACACUGUUGAAGCUCAGCAUGUCUUUGGGCCAAUAGCUUCAUGGAUUUAUCAGUCACUGUUUCUAUGAGGUCAUCCACCUAUGACAGAUAAAUACAAAGAAAUGAAGCCAUGUGUUGGAAAGCCUUGUCAAAAUCAAAGGGGUAGUUGCUUUUCCUGAGAGAAGAGUUCUGGAACUGGUGGACAUUUUGCAAGUCUUAAAAUAUUAUUCUAAUUCAAGUCAUAGCAAAUGGAGCUUGAAAGCGUACAUUUACCACCCAGUGAUAAAGACGAUCUCAGUUCUUCUGAAAAGAAACCUAUGUAUAUGCCUUCAUUUUAAUUGAAUUCAUUUAAUAUUUAUCAGCUACACACCAUCAUCCUAGGUGUCCUUAGCAAUCCUUUAGCCACUUUCAGAAUGCCCCCCUUGCUAACAUUAUUUCUUAAUGCUAAUCAUUAAUUUCAUCCCACAACCAUGCUGUCUAGCAGGGCUGUGCGUUUGCUUAAGCCUGGCUGUCUGAUGCUUCUGAGACUCAAAAGUUAAAAGCCUUUGUCCACUACCUGCAUUUGAAGCUUUCCUACUGUCAAGUCUGAUUUUUGAAGGAUGUUUUCCAUGCCACGCUUCUUUUUUUUAAGUGCUGGAAAGUAUGGUCUCUUUUUUGGUGAAUAUGGCCCCUAUGGUAAAAAUGCAAAACACAUCAGAUUAGGAACUACCAACAUUAUUUAUGUGAUGGUGCUUAAACAAGAGUUCUCACCCCUGGGACAUUAUCUUAUAAACUGAACAUUUGCCACAUAACAAUAUUGGAUUGGAGACUGUAUUCAUAUUAUUCUCCACACCCCAAGUAUCUUCUUUGUGCUUAGAGCUCUCUUUGAAGAGAUCUAUAGGGUGCAGAGAAAUGAGAUUGUCUGGCUCUGAAAGAAUAUACAGCAUCAGGGAAAAAGCAGGUCAUUCAUAAGGGGAAGAAGAAAUUGCCUCUGCAGCUGCUGAGCACAGUGAGAGUGUGGGGCCGUUGUGGACCAGUGCCCCAGAAAGCUCAUUAUCAGUGGAUCUAGUUGUUAAUUUGGUCUCGUUUCUGCAGGUUUCCUUAUUUUCACGGCAGUCAUGUCUUCAAACAUAAAAAGAAAGCUCUGGGUUCUUUUCACCCCAUGCCUGAUACUUUUCCCAUUGUCCCUGGCUUACUGGUUACAAGUACCUGUCCUAAUAUAGUGUUGCAAUUGGAAAUCAUUCCCAGGUCAUGGCUCCAAGCUAAUAUGCCCUUUUUAGUCUUACUGAGUUUACUCUUCCUUCCCCUUGUGCUUAAUAAUUAGCAUUAGGACUAUUGUGAGACCUACACAAAGUAGGAUAUGGGACCACAUCUGGGUCCUACCCUUUGCCUUUACAAAUGGAGUCUGCUGAACCACUGCUACCCUGCCAGCUUGCCCAGCUCAAAUGUCACUUGCAGAAUCUUCCCCGAUCUAUCUAAAGUAAGACCCCUCUUUUUCCUCUUUCGUAAAACCCAGUAUUUUUUCCUGUUAAGCACCUAGCAUAGUAGCAUCCUUGGCAGUUACUACGUUAUGUCUGUGUUUAUUGAAUACAACUAUGGUAAAAUCUAGUGCCUAGGCAAGUUUUGUAAAGCAGGACUAGUUGGGGCUGGUAUGGACUGAAGAGACCACACCUCUUGCAGUACCCUGGUGCAGCUCCUGCUUGUUGCCAUGAGGAAUUGGCCUAGUAUUUUCAAAUCUUUUUAUUUUUCAAAAGAAAGUUGAAAACCCAGAAUUGUAUUAGAAAUAUCCUAAUUUUUAAAUGUAGACAAUUAAUUCAAAUACAUAUAUAUAUUUUAGGAUGAGGUCUCACUCUGUUGUCCAGGCUGGAGAGCAGUGGCAUGAUCAUGGCUCACUAAAGCCUCGACCUCUGUGGGCUCUGGUGAUCCUCCCACCUCAGCCUCCUGAGGAGCUGGGACUAAAAGUGUGUACCACCAUGCCCAGGUAAUUUUUAUAUUUUUUUUGUAGAGAUGGGGUUUUGCCAUGUUGCCCAGGCUGGUAUCAACCUCCUGAGCUCAAGUGAUCCUCCCUCACCAGCCUCCCAAAGUGCCAGGAUUACAGACAUGAGCCACCACACCCAGCCAAUUCAAAUAUAUUUUUGAGAACAUUCUGAGGGCUAAACAAAACAUUUUUAUAGCUAGUUGACAACCUCUGAUCUAACACCUUUGAUGGACAGAAAUUCUUAAUCAUAGCCAAAUUGCUUCGUCUUUAUGAUUAUUGUUAUGUGUGUCCUAAGAAGUGUUUCUCUAUCCUGAAGUCAUGAAGAUAUUCUUAUUGUCCUCCAGGAGUUUUAAGAUUUUUGCCUUUUCCACUCAAAUCUAUAACUGAACAGAAAUUAAUCUUUGUAUAUGGUGUGAGAUAGGGAUCAAUUUUCAUUUUUUUCUAUAUGAAUGCCCACUUGUUCCAGCAACAUUUGUUCAAAAGAUUACCCUUACCCCACUGCUGUGUGGUGCUAUGGUUUAAUGUCUAUCUCUUCUAUUUGACUGUAAGUUCCACAGAAGCAAGACCAUGUCCAUUGGAUCACCCUAUACCCCCCAAACCUACAAACUGCCUAAAACAUAAUAGGGGCACAAUGAAUACGAACCUAGCACACAAAAGGCAAAAAUUCAAAACUAAUAUCAGUGCACUCUGACAGUGGUGUUCCAGAGCAGCACUGUUCACUGUAACUUUCUGUGAAGAUGGAAAUGUUCUCUAUCUGUGCUGUAUAGGACAGCCACUAACUAGGUGUGAUUAUUGGCCAUUUGAAACGUAGCUAGUGCAACUGGGGAACUGCACUUCUAAUUUUAUUUAAUUUUAAUUAACAUAGGUGGUGACAUGUAGCUAUUGACUAGCAUAUUGGACAGUAUAGUUAAUCUAUAGCAUCGCAAUUACUACUAAGGACUCUAGAGCCAGGUGUUCCCGGGUUUGAAACUUGGCUCUGUCACUUACGUGGGCAAAUUACUUAAACUCUCAGUACCAUCCCUAAAAUAAGAAUAAUAUUGCUACCUACAUUAUAGGGCUGUUGUAAGGAUUAUCUGAGUUGAUAUUUUUAAAGCACUUAGAGUUUGGAACAUAGCUUUAAGGUAAGUCUUAUAUCUAAAAUAAUAGUUCAUGGUUCUAUUUUUGAAAAAUAGUCUGGGCAAUUUAGGAUCAAACAUACAUACGUGGCCGGUCACGGUGGCUUACAUCUGUAAUUCCAGCACUUUGAGAGACCAAGGCAGGUGGAUCACUUGAGGCCAGGAGUUCGAGACGAGACUGACCAACAUGGUGAAACCCUGUCUCUACUAAAAAUACAAAAAUUAACCAGGCAUGGUUGUGCACUCCUGUAGUUCCAGUUAGAUGGGAGGCUGAGGUAAGAGAAUCACUUGAACCCAGGAGACGGAGGUUGCAGUGAGCUGAAAUUGUGCCACUGCACUCCAGCCUGGGCAACAGAGUGAGACUCUGUCUCAAAACAAACAAACACGCACAAAAAAACCCAUGCUUACCUAUGGAUAAGUAAAAGCAUUGGUUUGGAGAGUCCUAGAUAAUCUACGCUGCACUUUCUGUGUUGUACAUACGGCUGUUUACAUUUCAGUUUCAAUGAAAAUUAAGAUUAAAAAUUCAGCUCCUCAGUUGCACUGACCACAUUUCAAAGUCUCAAAGCCAAAUGCGGCUAACGGCUACUAUAUUGGACAAUGUACACUUACAUCUCCACCGAAAGUUCCAUUCGACAGUGCUGGUCUAAUGAGUUCCACUCCACAUAGUAUGUACAGAUAGGCCAGAAUGCUAAUAUACUAACAUUUGAAGAGUGAGAAAGUCAGUUAUAAAAAUCCAAACUCCACUGUUGCCCAGAUGUAGUAGAAGCUGAACAAUUUGAGCUUAGAAGUAGAAGAAUCUGACCCAGAGAGUACCCUAAAUUCUUGGAGAGGAGACAGAAGCAGCAGAUUUAAAGGGCUUAUUGUGGAGGACUCAUGGUGGGAGAGAACUUGGUUUUUGCAAAAUCUCUAGACAUUGAGUUAUGUGUAAGUCUUCAGAGGCAAAUUUGUUUAGCGUUUUACCUUUUGCAGUCCUGAAGGAAGAGAUGUCACAGAUAACCGCUUGGUGGUUCUCCUGGCCCGAAGGAGUGUAUUUCCCUGGGUUAUCUCCUCUGUCUCUGCCUCUACAACAUCAAGUUGUAUAGUCGCUUCGAGAAAGGGGGAUAAAGGAAUCUGUAAGGAUCACAAUGAGGAACACAUUCUUCCUAUUAAAAAUACAGUAUUCUUAGAAGACAGCAUCACAUGCUGCUUCAGUAGCUUUUUUUCUUUAGAGUUAAAAAUAAAAAAUUGAUUUGCUCUUCCCAAUCUUACACUUUCUCCUGCACACAUUUGCCUUUUGUUAUGGUCAUGACCUAAGUGGACACCAACCCAGUCUUUGACAAGGUAGCUACCUCUGUCUCUCUUCGAGAUUUAAGUUUUUCCCCUGAACCAUUGUAGAAUUAGAAAAGUAACCCUCUAACAUGCAAGGCCCUCCCUUGGGUAUUCAUUGUGGAUUAAAGCAAAUUUUCUAUCUAUUUUCGAGAAAUGUGGCUCAAGGCUCGAUCAUUUACAUACCAUUGAUUUGUCUUUCCUAUAUCCAGGAGCCAGGUGAACUUUGGAUUCCUUAGCAUUUUAAAACAUAUCAAUUCAGUUCUUAACUCCAUAAAUGUAUUUAUAAAGGAAACUUUAAAACACUACCAUAAAUUAUGACUAGUAUCAUAAAUAGGCAUUAAAAUUAAAUACUAUGUUAUUUUUUGCAGAAGGCACUAAACCUGAGGUUACUCUCUUUUUCUUUUCUUUUUUCUUUUUUUUUUUUCUGAGACGGAGUCUCGCUGUGUCGCCCAGGCUGGAGUGCAGUGGUGUGAUCUAGGCUCACUGCAAGCUCUGCCUCCCGGGUUCAGGCCAUUCUCCUGCCUCAGCCUCUCGAGCAGCUGGGACUACAGGUACUCUCUUUUUCUUAAAAAAGGGGGUCACUAAAUGAGACAUUUUCCUUGAUGUAUUCAAAAGGAUGACAGCAUUGGGGAAAGGGUGUUUGCAAUUUGCUGUGUGUUACACUGUUCCUUCAUGCUGUGUGCACACCUAAAAUCAUCUUGUUGCUUAAAGUCCAUUGAUAAGGACUUCUCUGGGAGCCUCAGACCUCAAUGAAUACAUUAGCCUACUUGACACUUCCACUUGGCUAUUUGGCAGGGACCUCAAGUCAGCAAGUCUAGCUGGAACUCAUGACUUAUUUUUCAAUCCAGGUCCAUUGCUCCUUAUCUUAGUUUAUGAUGCCUCCACCUUCAAAGCAAGUGCUCAAUCCAGAAAUUCUUCCCUCUCCCCCACCCUUCACUGUCCAACUCUUCCCCAACUGUUGUAACUUCUACCUAUGCUUAUUUCUCCCUUUAUCUCGCCAUUCCCACUGCCAUGACUAAUCCAAGCUAAUGUCAUUCCUUGCCUGAAAGAAUGUACGGGUGCUUAUUGUUCUUCCUGCAUUUGCGCUUACCCUCAUCCAAUCCACUCUACACUAAAAGAUAGCCAAAGCUAUCUUUUAAGAAUGCAAAUCAGAUUAUAUAAAUCCCCAGCUUGAAAGUAUCCAAUGGUUUCUUAUCACCCUUAGAAGAAAGUUAAAAAUUCUCAAUGUGUGCUAUGACAGGCACCCUUACAACCUAAUUCAACCAGCCUCUCCUUAGCUCUCUGUGUUCCAGCCUCCACUGGAUUUCUUUCAUUUCCUAAUUGUGCCUGGUGCUCUUGAUAUUGUGACUUGAACAUGCUCUCCCUUAUUCCUGGGAAACUGUUCUCCCCGCUCCACCUUGUGUAAGCCAUCUUUAUGUCUUAGACAUCCUUCAGAUUUCAAUUUAGUUGUCCCUUCCUUGGGGAAGCCUUUCCUGAGACCCCUCCCCUAAAGUUAGAGCACCCAUGAUUUCUUUCAAUAGCAUCCUGUGCUCUUGGAACAAAUGUAAUUUUCUGCAUGUUUGAAAGCCCCUCUAUGCUAUAACUCCACGAGGGACGGACUAUGUCUGUCCUAUAUGCUACUCUAUCCCAAAUAUUGUGGCUGUCUUGUAAUAAGUACUUAGCAGAUAUUUGUUAAAUAGAUAAAAACACGUUUUGAAGGUCAGCAGGGAAGAGCAACUGAUUUUGGGCCACAACAAAGGGUAUUAAUGUUUGAGCUACAUCCUAAAGGAUGAGCAUUUUUUCUGGAGAAAUCUUAGUUGAUAUUUGUUAUUCUAACUAAGAUAAAAAUAAACCAGUGCACAGAUUAAGAGUAGAAAUUUGAUCCUCUGUUUUCUGCUGGAUUCUUCAAUUCCAGCCCCAGCAAUAUAGAAGCAUAUCCUCUUUGUUCUUUCCAACAGAAAUAUACAGCUCAAUCCAUACCACGUAGUUGCUAGAUGCUUGGAUGCUUGUAUUAGUGACCGCUUUUUCCAGAACACAGAGUUUGUUUGAAAGUAGUUGGCUGGAAACCAUCAGGUUUUGUUUUUUUUUUCCUGGAAAAAGCACACAUCAGUUUUGUUGCCUGAUCAUGGUGUGUAAAAUGUGAGGUUGUAUGUAUAUUUACAUAUACUAUAAGAGCUGUGUGUUUCCUGAUUCUGUGCUGUGAAGGACAUUAAAAAGCUACAGAGGAUAUAUAGAGCAGUGAAAUUAUUCUGUAUGAUACUGUAAUGGUGGAUGCAUGUUAUGAUAGGGUAUGACAUAAAAGUAGGUAUUUGUCAAAUCCCACAGAACUGCACAAUAUAAAGGGGGAACCCUAAUGUAAACAAUAACUUCAGUUAAUAAUAGUAAUAUAUCAAUAUUGGUUCAUUGAUUGUAAAUGUACCACUGUAAAGCAAGAUGUUAAUAAUAGGAGCUAUGGGAAUCAGGGAAGGGAGGGCAUAUAUGGGAACUCUACAUUUUCUGUUCAAUUUUUCUGUAAAUAUAAAAGUGCUAUAAAAAUAGACUUUUUCUUUUCUUUUCUUUUCUUUUUUGAGACAGGGUCUCUUUCUGUUGCCCAGGCUGGAGUGCAGUGGCAUAAUCUCGGCUCAUGCAAUCUCCGACUCGCAGAUUCAAGCGAUUCGCCCACCUCAGCUCCCCUAGUACGGAAUACAGGCACAUGCCACCAUGCCUGACUAAUCUUUUUUGUAUUUUUGGUAGAGAUGGUUUCACCAUGUUGCCCAGGCUUGUCUCAAACUCCUGGGCUCAAGUGAUCCAUCCGCUUUGGCCUUCCAAAGAACUGGGAUUACAGACGUGAGCCACUGCUCCCGGCCUAGACUCCAUUUAUUUUUUUGAAAGCUACAGACAACAAUGCAAACGUUGGUAGUAUUGUUAGUCAUGACUCAUAGGAUGCCAAAUGGCAUUAUUACUAGUUGCAAAGACGACUUAAAGUUAACAGUUCAAAUAUUGAUUCUUUCACACAGUACAUAGAAAGUAGAUGCAAUAAAGGUGAGCAUUCUUUAUGACUUACCAGUUAUACAUUUUAUUCAUUUAAUUCUCACUACCCCCUCCACUGUUAGAAGUAGCCAUGUGAAAGUCUGCAUCACUACUUUUUCCAGAAACAAAACCAAAAAUCCCCCUUGAGUUUGACUUUGCAAUAAAUAUAUACAUGUAUAUAUGAAUAUACACACACGUAUAUAUUUAAAUAAACAGUGACUUUAAACUGAUUAGAACACUGUUUAAUUGAACUGGGAGGAACCUCCAAGGCAAUCCAAUUCAGUGCUUCUCAAAAGGUAUGAGCAAGGUCAGGCGUGGUGGCUCACACCUGUAAUCCCAGCACUUUGGGAGGCCGAGGCAAAUGGAUCACCUGAGGUCAGGAGUUCAAGACCAGCCUGGCCAAUAUGGUGAAACCCCAUCUCUAGUAAAAAUACAAAACUUAGCUGGGCGUGGUGGCACGCUCCUGUAGUUCCAGCUACUCAGGAGGCUGAGGGAGGAAAAUUGCUUGAACCCGGAAGGCAGAGGUUGCAGUGAGCCGAGAUCAUGCCUCUGCACUACAGCCUGGGUGAUAGAGCGAGAUUCCAUCUAAACACACACACACUCACACACACACACACACACAAAACGGUAUGAACAUACAAGCCAACUGAGGAUCUUGCUAAAGUGUGGCUUCUGACUCAGAAGGUCCCAGGUAGGGCCUGAGAUUCUGCAUUUCAGACAAGCUCCUCAGGGAUACCAUACUGGUGUAGCGUGAUAAUCCAUUCUAAUUUCACUCUUCCUCUUGGCCUCAACCCAAAGACAAAUUGCCCAAAUUUGGUUACCAUUCUCUGACAGCUUUCUCAUUUUUGCUGUAAAUAACUUGGGAGAUGGAAACUCCUUGACAAUCCUAGGGAUUCGAAGGCUCUGCGUGUUUGACAGGAGGGCUUCCUUAUGGUCAGUGGAGCCCUCUUGGCUGGCACUUGCUGACUUGCUUCUAUAUUUGUAGGACAGCAUCCUCCCAAAAGCAGUCUUCACUUUCGUCUUCAAAUUACUUUUCUGAUUUUGCUGGCUUUCAUGAAAUCCCAUGUCACUAUCACUGGAUGAUUCCUCUUUAGGGACCAAUACAUUUUGUUUUAGUAAGUUGGUAGACACAGCUCUGUGCCAUCUAAACAAAAUAAAAAUGGUUCAUAUUAGGGAAACUGUAAAGUUAAAAGUGAAAAAUUUAAAUCAUUAAAACACAAACUUCAAAUGUGAACCAAUUAUACAAUUCAGAAGAAAAAAAAGAAAUUGAAGACCAAGAAUCAAAUCACAGAAAAACAAAGCCAAAGCAACUACUUGGUGUUUUGUUACCAAAUUAUAGUAAUCUGGCUGCUAUUUAAUUUAAACACAGUACUGUUAGAGGUAGGUUAUAUUAUUAUCUUCAUUUUACUUAUGAGUAAACUGAGACAUAGGUUAAAUUAAUUGACCAAGGGCUGAAUGCAGACUUCAAUCCAGGUCUGACUGUUGGAAUCCAUUAACUUAUAUUGGCAAACUGGCAAUCUUAUUUCAGUGAUAGUUUGAAAUGGUUUUUGCUAGAUUUGGCAGUUUCAAAGGGAAAGUAGUAAAAGAUGAGAGAGUCUGCUAGGGUAGUCAAUAAGGAGUAACCUCCAAGGCCCCAUAAAUACUGCAUUUACAUAAAACACUCAUUUAGAUAACAUACUGUAAACUCAUAUAUAGUGACUAUGUGUACCAUCUUCAUAAUUUUGGCAUAUUUUAUUUUACACAAUAGACUAAACAAUAGACAACAUUUCCUGAUAGCUUUCUGUGUGCUAAACACUCUUCCAAGUGCUUUCAUGUGUAUAACAUAAUUUAAUCUUUAUAUUCUCAUCUCUGCUUCACACAUGAAGAAAUUAAAGCUUGGAGAGAUUAAACAAUUUAUGUCCAGAUUAUCUAUCUGAUCCUGAGGUCUGUGUUGUUAACUACUAUGCUAGAGUAUCACCUAUACCGUGAUACAAUUAUUACCUAAUAUUCUUCCUCAAUUAACUAUUUUUUGUUAGCUUCACCCAAAGUAAUAAUAUCCAUGAAAUUUCGGUGUUUUUAAAAUUAAAAUUUUGAUGUUGAGAUCAUUAUAGUUCCACAUGCAAUUCUAAGAAAUACAGGGAGGGGGCCAGGCGUGGUGGUUUACGCCUGUAAUCCCAGCACUUUGGGAGGCCGAAGCGGGCAGAUCACGAGGUCAGGAGAUCAAGACCAUCCUGGCUAACACGGUGAAACCCUGUCUCUACUAAAAACACAAAACAUUAGUCGGGCGUGGUGGCGGGCGCCUGUAGUCCCAGCUACUUGGGAGGCUGAGGCAGGAGAAUGGUGUGAACCUGGCCGGCAGAGCUUGCAGUGAGCCGAGAUUGCGCCACUGCACUCCAGCCUGGGCGACAGAGCGAGACUCUGUCUCAAAAAUAAAGAAAAAAAAGAGAAAGAAAUACAGGGAGAUUCCGUGUGCUCUUUAUGUAGUUUCCCCAAAUGGUGACAUCUUACAAAACUAUAUUUUCACAACCAGCAUAUUGACAUUGAUACAGUCAGAAUACAGAACAUUUCCAGUAACACCAAGAUGCCUCAUGUUUUAUAGCCACAUCCGCUAUCCACUGGUCCCCCCUUCUUAAACUGGCAUCCACGAGUGUGUCUUCUGUUUGCGUAAUUCUCGUCCUUUCCAGAAUGUUAUGUAAAUGGAAAUACACAUCAUGUAAUUUUUUGAGCUAUGCUUUUUUUCACUCAGCAUAAUUCUCUAGGCAUUCAUCCAGAUUUUGUGUAUUAAUUCUUCAUAUCUUUUUAUUGCUGAGUAAUAGUCCAUGACAUGAAUGUACCACAUUUUGUUUAACUAUUCACCGAUUGAAGGAUAUUUGGGUUGUUUCCAGUUUGGGGCUAUUAUGAAUAAAGCUGCCAUAAACA